UUCUCCACUCGGUACAAGUAUGACGUCAUCAUUUUCCUCAGUAUUCCUGCUAGCCGUCGCCCUGACAGACUACACGGUGGGGCAAUUCUUGUACGUGGAUGUUCAGACGACGUACGGAGUUCUGCGUGGAGAGGCUAACAUCACAGUCAACGGAACGUCGUACUACCAGUUCUCCGGCGUUCCAUUUGCGGCCCCACCUGUCGCUGAACUUCGCUUCAAGCCGCCGCAGCCGCCUGCUCCUUGGGACGGAGUGAGGGAAGCGUUCGAGGAGGUUGGUACUACCUGCCACCAGAGCAGUAAUGAUGGCCGCAUCUCCGGAGAGGAGGACUGCCUCUAUCUCAACGUCUACACACCCACGGUUUCGGAGGAUGCGCUGCUACCGGUCAUGGUGUGGAUCUUCGGCGGUCACUUCACCCUCGGCAGCAACUCCAAGGAACAGUGGGGGCCCGACUUCCUGCUAGAUGAGGGCGUCGUUGUCGUUCUGCUCAACUACCGAGUGGGGGUGAUGGGGCUGCUGAGCUUGAGUGACCCGAUCGCCAUGGGCAACAACGUUUUCAAGGACCAGGCGGCUGGUCUGCAGUGGGUGCAGGACAACAUCCGCGCAUUUGGUGGCGACCCCGACCAGGUGACGCUCUUCGGACAGAGUUCCGGCGGCAUCAGCGUCGAGAUGCACAUGUACUCGCCGCUCUCCAGAGGACUGUUCCGGGCCGGUAUCUCAAUGAGUGGAUCGGCCCUCGGAGGAGACCACAUCGCGGACACGAACCGCGAGAUCGCCUUCUGCAUCGGCGCGGAGCUGGGCCUGCAGACAGAGGAUCCUCAGGAGCUGCUCACCUUCCUGCAGUCGGUGGAGGCUAACUCGCUCUACAACACGAGCUGUGGUGUGGGCUUCAUGAUCGCCAUAGAGCCUGAAGCGGAGGGGGCAUUCAUGACGGCUGACCACAGCAGGCUCGGAGCGUGGGCCACCGCAGGCAACUACACCCACAUGCCGCUCCUAACCGGGGUUACCACUGGCGAGUACAACUUGCAGAUGCAGGGCGAUUCAGGAGGCGAGGCCAUCAUCGCCGAUUCUGUACUGGAGCAGCUCAACACGGACUUCGAGGGGGCCAUCGACUUCGUCCUGCGCCUGGGCGACAUUGAGUCCAAGCGGCAGGCGGCGACCGCCCUGAGGCAGUACUACUUCGGCAACAUUACCAACAUCACGGCUGACGACGCCGUCCAAUACGCAGCUAUGAUGACGGACCUGAACAACGGAGAGCCGGCAGACACGACGGUGCGACUGCUGACCACCACCAUGACGCAGCCCGUCUUCUACUACCAGUACGACUACACGGGAGCGAGUCCGGAUAUCGGCCUGCCUGGUGCCUGGCACAAUUAUGACUUGAAAUCCAUCUGGUAUACGCCUGAUCUAAACCUGGACCCUGACUCCGACGAGCAGAAGGUGCGCAACACGGUCAUCAAGCUGUGGACCAACUUCGCCAAGUACCUGAAUCCCACCCCUGAGGACGAUCCUGUAAUUGAGGGCGGCUGGCCUACCUACAACCUGGAAACCAAGUACUUCCUCAACAUUGACGUCAACUCUACCGUCCAACAAAACAGGAAUGCGGAACGGAUGGAUUUCGUGCACUCAGUGUCCGAGGAUGCACUGCUACCAGUCAUGGUCUGGAUCUUCGGUGAGCAGUUCACUGGUGGCAGCAACUGUGAUGAGGACUGGGGGCCCGACUUCUAUCUCGACCAAGAAGUCGUUGUUGUCCUCCUCAACUACUGA